CUUUUUGAAAUGUUAGGCCCGUGUUUGUGUUGGUCACCGCCCACUGACCGAGAUAUGAAUAAUAAACGGAGCGCGUGCGCUACACAGACGCAGAUCCUCCACAGCGCACGAAUAAGGCACAGAAUGGUCCGACUGAGAACGCUGAAUGAACUGUCCCAUCUGAGAGAGACCGGGUUUGGUCAGCCGUAUCCCAGACAUGGCCUCAGUCUGCUGUGGUGGUUUGCUGAUGACUGUGUUGAGAUUGAUGAUGACGGCAAUAUGAUUGCACGAUAUGACACAGAACACAGAGAUUUCGGUUUCCAUCCAUUCCAUAAUUCUGAAGGAAUUCUUCCUGAUAAUGACCUUCCGUACUAUGAAAUGGGCAACCUGCGCCAUCCGGGCACGCUGCCUCAUGAUGUUACUAAGAAUUAUGACAGAAAUGUACGUGAGAGCAACGCGGAUCGCAUUGUAGUUCUGGUCAAUUCAGACUGGAGUGAGAAAUAUUUUGACAGGAUUUAUGUGACACAUCACUUAGGUCAGGGGCGUUUCGAUGAGAAAUCCACCUUCCGCAUCAGCAAAGGCCUCAUUGAGAUCAUUCAGAGGAUGGACUGGUCAGAUUUCAUCGGGGAGGUGAAGAUCCAGCAGCGGCGUAACCGGCGUGGUCGUUGCUGAGCUUGUGUUAUGUGUACACGUUCAUCUGUGUGGUCUGGAUCCACAGACACUCAGAGUCGAAAUCAAACAUUCCUGUCCAUCCAGAUGCAUUUAUAGACCUUUCAUAAAAAAUGACUCUAUUUGAAUUGUUAAUUGGAUUGGGCCAUAAAUGACUAAUUUGUGUGAUCAUUUUGUUCCAGAUGAGAAGCUUUAUGAUUCUUCAUGUAUAAUAAAUGCAUACAUAUUCA